AUGACAAAAGAAGAAUGCUGUAGUCAAUUUACAAAUGUAAAUACGGCAUGGAGCAACGAAGAUAUGGAUUCUGGAAGUUUAUUCUUUUUAAGAAUUUUAGGAGACGGAGUACCUUGCCACUCGUGCAAAGAAACUUGUACUGGUGUCGAAUGCGGUUCGGGUAAAAAAUGCGUCAUGCGUUCCGGACGUCCCAAAUGCGUUUGUUCUCCCUGUAAAGAAAAAGGAAAAAAUUCAAGGGGACCCGUUUGCGGUACGGAUGGUAAUACUUAUUUGAAUGUUUGCCGUAUAAAAAAAAGAGCCUGCAGAAGGAAAACUCCGAACCUUACGGUGGCUUAUAACGGUUUUUGCCAAAGUAGUUGUGAUCGUAUUAAAUGUCCGGAUGGAAAAUAUUGUCUUUUAGAUCAAAAUCUAAGUCCUCAUUGUGUUCGAUGCAUGAUAAGGUGUCCUAAAUCUAUGGAAAAUUCAAAACCCGUUUGCGGUACCGAUGGUAUAACAUACGAAAAUAUUUGUCUUCUAAGGCAAAUGGCAUGUAAAAAAGGAAAAGCAAUACCGGUGGCCUAUAAGGGUAAAUGCAAAGCAAGAGCGUCUUGCGGAAGCAUUCGAUGUAAGGAUCGCCAGGCCUGCUUGACAGAUUCAUAUUCGGGUUUGCCCCGUUGCGUUACUUGCACGUCGCGAUGCCCGUCAGUCAAAACCAAAGAAUUUCGAGGACCCAUUUGCGGAACAAACAACAAAACUUAUCAUUCAUGGUGUCACAUGGUUAAAGAUGCGUGCGCAACAGGUUUCGUCAUUGAGACUAAAUUCCAGGGGAUCUGCGAGGAAGGAGGUAAGAGGUCAUUCUCGAUAAAGAAAAACAACAAUUUCACGAUGAUCGUUAUGUAA